AUGGGCAUUUCCUGCAGGCCGAUCAUCAAGCUGACAACUCGCCUACGCACAGCCUCUGACUCGACGCGAACAUCGACGAAACCAGACGCAAACAACGCUCACGCGACUACCGACUCCAAUGCUCAAUCCAAUGCCAAUGCCAAUGCCGCUCUGACCAACGGAACUUCUGGAAAUGUCUCGAAGGAGCAUGACAAGGAAGAUGGAGAUAGGGAUGGCUCGGGUGCGGCGGAUGAUAAUGUCUUCCAGCUGACCAUCAAGCUGCCUCAUGCGCCGGGUCAAACACAGAUCAUGGUGUCGAGCCAGGAACAGGUGCAGGAUAUCCGACAGUCAAUUGUCGAAACCCCACACACCUUCCAGUACUCGUGCUUUCACCUUGAGCAUCAGGGCAAGCGCAUCAAUGAUUUCAUCGAGCUGUCCGAGGUCGCUGGCAUUGUUGAAGAUCCGACUUGCCAGCUUGUCGAAGAUCCUUAUACCGAAGCACAGGCGCGCAUGCACGUUGUUCGUGUCCGGGAGUUGAUCGGUGCCGCUGGCGACAGACCAGACCUGGUCGCAGGGAUUGAUGCUGGCGUGAGUCUUUGUGACAGCGUGGAGAUUUCGGCUGCUAGCAACGAGCGAGAUCCAAGCCCCGUUGCCGACUACGACCUCGAUGAGCCAGCUCCGAUAGCAACGCUUCUUGCUCGAAGUCGCGAUCCAGCGCCGAAAACCGUGAAAAGCAUCGCACUCUCCUCUUGGAACCCUCCGCCGUACCACCUUCGAAUGCGUGGUCACCUCAUCUACCUUCAAGUCGUUACUAACGAGGGCGAGCAAUUCUACAUCACCUCGCACGUCUCCGGCUUCUACGUCAACAGGUCCACAAACCACAAGUUCGAUCCUGCGCCUCGGAGCGAGCCAAAGAGCGCCUCUGCACAUUCUCUGAUCAACCUACUUUCCCAGAUUUCUCCAUCAUUUGAGGAAUCAUUCAAGCAACUUCAGGAAUACAAUGGUCGAAGAGAUCCGCUCGCCAGCUACGCCUUGUCCAACAGCAUUCCAGCCGCUCCGUGGCUUGUGGCUCCUUCCUCCAUUCAUCAGCACCAAUCUGAUCUCACCCGUACCCAAGAGGCCUUCCUUUUGUCUGGUGCUGAGAACGCCGACACACUACGCGACUGGAAUGAAGAAUUCCAAUCCACUCGUGAAUUGCCCAAGGAAACCGUCCAUGAUCGCAUAUUUCGCGAAAGACUUACCAGCAAACUGUUUGCAGAGUACAACGAAGCGGCCGUCCGCGGUGCAUGCCUAGUGGCUCGAGGCGAAGUCCAACCGUUGAACCCCACAGAGGCCAAAGAUGCUCAGAUUUUUGUGUACAAUAACGUGUUCUACUCGUUCGGUGCAGAUGGCGUUGGCACUUUCGCGAGCGACGGAGGGGAUGAGGCGGCGAGAAUCGCAACUGGCAAGGACGUACAGGGAGUCAAAGCGGUGAACCAGCUGGACAUAAAUGGUCUAUUCACGCCAGGUACGGUUGUGGUGGACUACAUGGGCAAGCGUGUUGUUGGGCAGAGCAUCGUGCCUGGUAUUUUCAAGCAGCGCGAGCCCGGCGAGCACCAAAUAGACUAUGGUGGUGUCGAGGGCAAGGACGUUAUCGCGACCCAUGAAGAAUUCGCCCAACCAUUCAGCGAGCUUAGCAAGGCGAUGCGUGUCAAGAAGCAUGCUGUGUGGGACAAGGAAGGCAAAAAGCAUGAGCUUGAAGCCAGUGUCGAGACCAAAGGUCUUAUGGGUACCGAUGGGAGGAAAUACGUCCUCGACCUCUACCGAAUCACGCCUCUCGACAUUGCCUGGCUGGAGAAGCACUGUGCCGAGGACCAGGCUGAGGAAAGCCGUUAUCCCCAUCGCAUGACUGUUCUCCGACCUGAACUUGUGGAAUCUUUCAGGAUCAAGAAAAUGCGAGAAUACGUUACCUCCCAGUUGGAGCAGAAGCGAAGCGAGCGCGAGCAAGCCGCUGCGGGUGCUUCAGAAGACAAAACAGAAGAAUCUGGCAAGACCGACACCCAGGAAUCUGAGACUAAUGGUGAGGUAGUUCCCAAAGAAGAAGACGGUGCAAAUCCACAAGAGCAGCAGGAAGCCGUCGACAUGUCUGGUUUCACAUUCUCUCUCAACCCCGAUGUGUUCAGUGGCCAGCUGCCACAAACGGAUGCUGAUAGGGACGAGUGGGCUCAAGAUGAAGUUCAGGUUCGAGCUCUUGGCGAGUACCUCACCGAGGAUGUGAUACCUCGACUUGUUCGCCAUUUGCAGGAGGGUGAUGUCGGCUUUCCCAUGGACGGGCAUAGCUUGGUCCGCGAGAUGCACCGACGUGGUGUCAAUGUCCGCUACAUUGGCGAUGUGGCAAGGCUUGCUUCCGAGAAGACGGACAAGCGACUGCAAGCACUGGCGCAGCUGUGUCGCCAAGAGAUGGUCAGCAGAGCCUUCAAACACAUCAGCAACGGCUAUCUUCGGGUGCUUCCACCUUGCUUCGUGCAGAGCGCGGUCGCACACCUGCUGAAUUGCCUGCUCGGUACGCAACUCAAUGCAAAGCCGCAUGCAGAGGUCGACGAAGACCUCAAGGCGCUAUAUCCAGAAGUGUCAUUUGACUACCAGAAAGAAAGCCCCGAAGGCCUUAGCACAAGCAUUCGUCGCCAAAUCUUGUUGCGCUACAGGUACGAGUUGCAGGAUGAGCUUGUGCCGCCCGGCCGAGAGCUGCAGGCACUUCGUGAGAUAUCGAAGAAGCUUGGCUUGCAGCUCGAGGCGAAAGACUAUCUCUUCACCAAGGAAGGGGUGGCCGCAUCCACCAAGUUGGCGGAGAAGAAUUCCUCUGAUUCUCUAGCCGAACCUCAGGCAAACGGCAAUCAUUCCACGGGCAGCAAGAAGAACAAGAAGAAGAACAAGCAGGCCGAGAACUCGCCGAACCGGCAGGCUUCCUCCCCAGUCGGUGCUCCAUUGACCUUCCGCGCAGAUGACAUCGUCAACAUAGUGCCUCUCGUAAAGGAGGCAUCGCCGAAGAGCACACUUGCCGAAGAGGCGCUUGAUGCGGGCAAAAUGAGCAUUCAGCAGGACCAGAAAGAGCUCGGUCAAGAGCUGCUUUUGGAGAGUUUGAGUCUACACGAGCAGAUCUACGGCAUUCUGCAUCCGGAAGUGGCCAGAGUGUAUUACGCACUUUCAAACCUCUAUUUCAACCUAGAUGAGAAGUCGGCCGCCGUCGAGCUCGCCAAGAAGGCUGCCAUUGUGUCGGAGCGGACACUGGGUGUUGACGACGCCGAGACUAUCCUUGCAUAUCUCAAUUUGAGCUUGUUCGAGCAUGCCACUGGCAACACUAGAAGCGCACUUGCGUACGUGCGACAUGCCUUGAAUCUAUGGAAGAUCGUCUACGGUACCAGGCAUCCAGAUUCGAUCACAACCAUCAACAACGCAGCGGUCAUGCUACAAACGCUAAAGCAAUUUCACGAGUCUCGGUUGUGGUUUGAAGCGUCACUCACCAUCUGCGAGGAGGUGGCUGGUAAGCAGUCCAUCAACACUGCUACGCUCUUGUUCCAGCUCGCGCAAGCUUUAGCUCUCGACCACGACUCCAAGCAGGCUGUUUCUAGAAUGCGCGAGAGCUACAGUAUUUUCAAGAGCGAACUGGGACCAGAGAACCAGAACACGAAGGAGGCGGAGAACUGGCUGGAGACUUUGACGUACAACGCAGUCAGUCAGGCAAAGCAGGCCAGUAUCUUGCAGAACCGCCGGAUCCUGCUGCGCAACGGCAGGACGUCGCGUGUGCAAAUGGGCACGCGGCCCCAGCCUCCAGUCGGACAGUCGGAGGUGGUGCAGCCGAGCACGCCAGUGAAGACACGGGCUGGAGUCGACCAGCGCAACGUUGACGAGUUGAUCAAGUACAUCAACGGCGAGGGUAGCAGCAAGCAGACAACGGCAAAGAAGCAGCAGGCGAAUCCUAAGCGGAGACAGCAGAGGGCGUGAUGGGUGAUGCGGCAUGUGUACAUUGAUUGUUUCGCGGUUUUGCAUGGACCGGUGUAUAUAUAAACAGGCAAGAUGUGCUCCCAGAAGGCUACGAGGGCCUGCCUCAGCCUCGGCGGCAUGGGCAUGGGAGCUGGACGGGGUGGCAUCCAAAAGAACUGGCGGGGGUGUUGCGGAUUGCUAUUCGAUGACCUCCACUCUUGUACAAAUGCUAGACAUGUAAACAUACAUGCAGCACGCAUGCUGGACGCUGCUGCAGCGAUUGCACAGGA